AGACCUGAGCGCGUCCCGCCCCCUCCUUCCUGUCAGCACCGGAAGCGUGGCGUCGGUGGGGCUGGCGGCGGGGCUGAGCUGCCGCGGCGGCCUCGUCUGGCUUCCCGCGGGGCGUCUCCGCCUCGGGACGGAAGUGAUGGCGGACACCAAGGAGGCGGCGGCCGAGCCUCUGGCGGCCGAGGCGGCGUCGCGCGGGGAACUCAGCCCGCUGGGCCCGGGGGAGUCGGAGGAAGCUGCCCAGGGCUCGGCGGUGAAGAGCCGCGCCGUGGUCAAGUACUCGUCCGCACCCCCGCGGGCCGCCUUCGCGCGCCUGGAGGAGAAGACCGACCUGAAGCUGCCGCCCGCCAACUGGCUGCGCGAGAGCGCCAAGCUGGGCCCCGCGGGGACCACCGUCCUGGGCAACAGCAAGAGGAGCAAGCCCUUCUCCAGCUUCGGGAUGGCGUACGACUUCAUCGACUCGGUGGGCAACGACGUGGACGUCGUCUCCGACUCAGAGAACAUAAAGAAGCUGCUGAAGAUUCCCUACAGCAAGUCACACGUGAGCAUGGCCGUGCACCGCGUAGGGCGGACGCUGCUGCUGGACGAGCUGGACAUUCAGGAGCUGUUCAUGCGGUCGUCCCAGACGGGUGAUUGGACGUGGCUGAAAGAGUUUUAUCAGAGACUCAUUGACCAGAAGUGGCAGAGGAAGAAAAAGAGCAAGGAACACUGGUACCAGAAGGCCAUCCUUUCCAAGUUCUUGUAUUACAGCAUCAAUGGUGACGCGGCUGCACAGCCGGUCCCAUCAGCCUCGGAGCAGCAGGAAGCGUCCGGUUCGGAUCAGACAAACGAUUCUGAAGGGGCUUCCUGGCCUGCCCCGUUUGAAAUGCCCACCUCAGUCUCUGAAGACCCCAGUGCUUCCAGUCAGGGAGGUGCGCCUCUUGAACCCUCUUACCUAGUGGGGCACGUGGCCUCCGCACCCAGAGAACAAACCCUGACUACUUUAUUCAGUGACGGGGAGAACAGUCAGGGCCUUAAAAACGACUUUGUUCGGAACAUUCUCUGGACGUUCGAAGACAUACACAUGUUAGUGGGCUCCAACAUGCCCAUCUUCGGAGGCGGCCGGUACCCGGCAGUCAGCUUGCGGCUCAGGGAUAACAACAAGCCAAUAAACGUGCUCACUGGGAUCGACUAUUGGUUGGACAACCUGAUCUGCAACGUCCCAGAGCUUGUGAUGUGCUUUCAUGUAAACGGAAUUGUGCAGAAGUAUGAAAUGAUAAAAACAGAAGAGAUUCCCAACUUGGAAAACUCUAAUUUUUCUACGAAAGUCAUAAAAGAUAUUGCACAGAAUAUCUUGUCAUUUCUGAAGUCUAAUUGUACCAAAGAAGGGCAUACCUACUGGCUGUUUAAAGCGAGUGGCAGUGACAUCGUGAAGCUAUACGAUCUCACCACGCUGUGCGAGGAGACCGAAGACAAGUACCAGAACCCGUUCACGAUGCCGGUGGCUGUUCUGCUGUACAAAGUUGCUUGCAACGUGAUGAUGAAGAAGAACCAAAACAAGAAGCACUAUGGGACUGUCAGAACGCUGCUGCUCAACUGCGUCAAGCUGCUAGACAAGAGCAGGCACCCUCAGAUUAUCGCUUCAGCAAAUUACAUGCUUUCGGAACUUUUUCAAUUGGACGAACCUAAGAAAGAAGAAAGCGCAGAGUCGCCUUUGAAUGAGAAUUCUGACGAGAGCUACAGCGAGGAGGAGGAGGAGGGGGAGGAGGAGGAGGCGCCAGACAGUGACGAGAACGGGCCCUACUGCGCCAGUGCUGGCCCCUCGGGUGACAGCAGAGCUGUCGCCAUCAUCGAGUCUGUCGGGGAACUAUCGGUUCCAGAAAAGUACAAGUCCAUCCAUCAGAUCAGACCGAACUGUGCGUUCCCCGUUUGCCACGACACCGAAGAGCGCUGUCGGCUCGUGCUCAGCUACGUCCUGGAGGGUUUAAAGUCGGUGGAUAGCAGCAUUAAAAAAGAAAGCGACCUUCCUGCAGCUGACCCCAACACCCCGAUCCCCUUGAAAUAUGAAGAUGAGUCCACAAGAGGGGGCCCUGAGGGUCUGGAGAAGCAGAUGGCCCUGUUUUUGGACAAAAUGGGCUCCCUUGAGAAGGGUCAUUAUUCCAGCCAGUCUGGGAUGAUCCCGGGUUCUUGGCAGCAUAAAAUGAAGCUCCAGCUGAUUCUCAAGUCGUCCAAGGCCUAUUACGUGUUGUCCGACGCCGCCAUGAGCCUUCAGAAGUACGGCCGGGCGCUGCGCUACAUCAAACUCGCACUGCAGAGCCACGACACCUACUGCUGCCUCUGCACCAACAUGCUGUCUGAGGUGCUGCUGUUCCUCUCUCAGUAUCUGACGCUGUGUGGGGACAUCCAGCUCAUGCUGGCCCAGAACGCCAGCAACCGGGCGGCGCACCUGGAGGAGUUCAACUACCAGACCAAAGAGGACCAGGAGAUCCUGCACAGCCUGCACCGCGAGGCCAGCUGCCAAGGAUUUGCUUGGGCAACUGACUUGUCUACAGACUUGGAAAGUCAACUUACAGUUAGUUGUAAAUGUUACGAAGCUGCGAAUGAAAUCUUACAAUUCAGUGACUUAAAAAGCCAAAACCCAGAGCACUACGUCCAGGUGCUGAAGAGAAUGGGCAAUAUCAGAAAUGAAAUCGGCGUCUUUUACAUGAACCAGGCCGCUGCGUUACAGAGCGAGAGGGUCGCGAGCAGAGGCGUGUCUGCUGCGGAGCAACAGCUGUGGAAGAAGAGCUUCUCUUGCUUCGAGAAGGGGAUCCACAGCUUCGAGGCCAUCAAGGACGCGACCAACGCCGCGCUCCUGCUGUGCAACACGGGCAGGCUCAUGCGCAUCUGUGCGCAGGCGCACUGCGGCGCGGGCGGCGAGUUCAAGCGGGAGUUCUCGCCGGAGGAGGGCCUGUAUUACAACAAGGCUGUCGAUUACUACUUGAAGGCCCUCCGCUCGCUGGGGACAAGAGACACACACGCUGCUGUCUGGGACUCGGUGAACUGGGAGCUGUCCACCACCUACUUCACUCUGGCGACCCUGCUGCAGGACUACGCCCCUUUGUCCAGAAAAGCUCAGGAGCAGGUCGAGAAGGAGGUCAGCGAGGCCAUGGCCAAGUCCCUGAAGUACUGUGACGUCGACUCGGGGUCCGCCCGGCAGCCCCUCUGCCAGUAUCGAGCUGCCACCAUCCACCACCGGCUGGCCUCCAUGUACCACAGCUGUCUGAGGAACCAGGUCGGCGACGAGCAUCUCCGGAAGCAGCACCGCGUGCUGGCGGACCUGCACUACAGCAAGGCCGGGAGGCUGUUCCAGCUCCUGAAGGGUGCUCCAUGCGAGCUGCUCAGGGUUCAGCUAGAAAGAGUGGCCUUCGCAGAGUUUCAGAUGGCCAGUCAGAACAGCAACGUGGGGAAGCUGAAGACUCUGUCCGGGGCGCUCGACAUCAUGGCGAGGACGGCGCCCGCCUUCCAGCUCAUCGGGCAGCAGCUCGCGGAGGAGCUGGAGCAGCCCAAGAGUGAGGAAGCCACGCCAGCUGCCGAUCCUUCUCCCAGUCUCAAUCGAGAAGAAGUGAUAAAAUUACUCAGCAUUUUUGAAUCGCGCCUGUCAUUCCUUCUGCUCCAGUCCAUCAGACUGCUGUCCUCGGCUAAGAAGAAAACAAGCAACCUUGACGAGGACGCCGCCCUCAGAGCCAACAAGCAGAUCUACUCCCAGCUCUUGAGGGCCACCGCCAACAGGGACGCCACCCUCCCGGAGAGAGUCACCGUGCUGCUGCGCCUGCUGGGCCUGCUGGCUCAGGGCGGCGCGGGCCCCUGACGGGCAGGGCCGCAGAGACGCCUCGGUGCCUUCCGCCUGUCCGGGCGGCGCUUCGUGUCAUUAAACGGGAGGCCGUGCCGCUCGGAACGGGCGCCGUGGAGACCGACUGUCCUUGCCCGGCAGCCAGGCGCCGGCCGGGGUCGAGUCGGGAGAGCCGGCGCCUUGGGCCGCAGACUCGGGCCUCGGAGGACGGUUCGGGGCGGCGCUUUCGAGAGGUUUAAAAGGCUUCCUGUCCCGACAGUGCUUCCUUCCAAGCGGAACGGGAAGCGGUCGGUCGUGUCCGUCCCGUGUCCCCCCGUCCCCACCCCGGCCAGUGGGCAGCGUCCCGGUGCUCGCUCUGCGGGGCCCGCCUCGCUCGCACUAUGUGUGAGCCGAUCAAGGAUAGGUACUAACCCCACACACACACAGACACACAACACCCCAGCCCCUUUCCACUUGAAACUGUGAAUAAGGUAAGAAAACUAUUUUGAAUAAAUUAUUUAUUUUAAAUGA